CGGGCAUGUCCAACAACAGGCCCAAGGAAACGCCUUUUGCACAAUAAAAUCCACUGAAGGCAAAGGGCGAGGUCUCUUUGCUUGCAGGCAAAUUCCCGCUCGGACAGUAGUGGAAUCUAGUCCUGUAUUACUGUUCUCUUCAGAAGAGUAUGAGUCUCAUGGAAAACACACUACUCUCGACCACUAUGCUUUCAAAUGGCCAGAUGGGCAUAUGGCCCUAGCUCUUGGGUUGGGAUCCCUUUUUAAUCAUUCGGAUGAACCAAACGUUUCUUUCUCUGUCGAUUCUGUGAACGAGAAAAUCCGCUUUACUACAGCACGCGAUAUUGAUCUAGACGAAGAGCUGUGCAUAUUUUACGGACAUAAUCUUUGGUUAACACCUGUCGGAUCAUCGAAUGAAAAAUUCGUCAUCUCGAAUGGUUCCGCUACAAGCUAUUUAGAUGAUUGGAGUGCACUCCGAGGACUUGUUACAGUUAGAAAUAAUCCAUUCUCUGAUGGGGUUCCUGGCGAACUUGUACAGGAAACGGAUCUGCCGUUCUUGCGAACGAAAGUAAUGCCCGAAGAUGAAGGCGAAGACGAAGAAGGAUCCAUUCGGACAAUAAAAGUCUGGAUUGUCGACGUUCCAGAUCCAAAGCAGACGUCACUCCUGCUCAAGUGGGUAAAGAUUGCUGGCCUUGAAACACCUGACUUGGCCCACUUGAAACGGAUCCGACGAGCAGGCACCAUCUCUUCCUUGCUCCUCUCCUCUUCCGAACAAGCUCCCGCUAUCCCUGAGAGCUAUGAUCUACCCAAACCGUACCAGGUCGAUGUACCAGAAUUGGUCGCUCUGACACCGAAGUCGCUCAAGCUCAAGGCUGAGAUCUGGCCCACGGUUUAUGCACCUCGACGAAAAGGAGAACCGGAACCGUGGAGCCAGGCGAAAACAGCUUGGGCAUGGGAUGCAAUGCAGGUCUUGAAAGACGAGGCUCGAAUGGCGGAAAAGGAAGGCGAGCUGCCAAUUAUCUCAUAUGUUCCUCAACCAUUUGCCGAAGAAACAGACGGUGCAUUCAAAGAAAACAUGCCUUUCUUCUUGGCGCGUGACACCCGCCAAUCUACCUUGAAUCCACUCCGACAUUCUGUCCUGAAUGUCAUACGAAAAGUUGCGGACUGGCGCGCAUCGUUCUGGCCAUCUCCUCCAAGGACCUCGACACCGGCAGUGGAAGUCAUUGCAGGCAAAUUAACCGAUUCCCUUACUUCUUCCCUGACGUCUAUGACCGACAGCGUGUCGGAAAAUACGGGUGCAGAAACACCGCGACUCAACGGCUCGAAUUACUUGCUCACAGGUCUCACGCUGUUCACGACCCAUGAGCCAUGCAUGAUGUGCAGUAUGGCGCUGUUACAUUCUCGAGUGCGUGAGGUCGUAUUCUUGCAUGCGAUGGAUGCGACUGGUGGCUGUGGUGGAGCUGAUGGUCGCGGAACAUGCGUCCCGCGUCUUAAGGGGGUGAAUCACCGGUAUAACAUAUUACGUUGGAAGAUUGCAGACGAGGAAGAUGGCGACAUUGAUUGGUCGGUUAUACGACGGCUUCCCGCAGCGACUGAUGCUUAACCCCUGUCCUCUUGUUGACUUGAAUUAACUGCGGGGGAUCUUAGGUGCCGUUAUGAAAGCCGUAUCCCAGUCCAAGCUGAGAACAAAGGAUUUCACACACUCCAGACAUAUGCCACACCUGACAAGGGAGACAUGACAAGUACUAUCUAUACACUGCUUACACUGCGCAUGACUGGACACUCACCGACUUGCAUGGACACUCACCGACUGCCUUCCCAGAAUGAGCGUCGAUCACUGGCAGGUCUAGGUUGGCGUCUACGUGAUGGUGCGAAAAUGAUAUUCAUAGACGGUCCCGAACACCGCCCAGCAAUUGAACCGUCGCCUUCGCGUGUUCGCGGGUAAGCAACGGAAGCAUUGAGCGUCUAUAUGCGUGACUACGAUUGAUGCCGAAUCGCCCGUGAGUUCUGAGUUCUCCCGCUUGGCUGGCAACUCUUGCCUGAACGACGAAUGUGUUCUUGUACUGCUGUCUAGCAUGUCAGUUGGCGACGCAGUUCAUCAUCGCCACCCUUAAAUGGGCGACGGAGCCUGUGACUCUUCUGCGCCAUUGCACAUCGUCCAGUGGCGCGUCCGCAAGGCAAAGGUGUCUGGUAUGGGGUCGACACAGACGCUCUGGUUAAUCUCAGUUCCGCAUUGGAUGACUCCAGUACUUCUGAGCUCGUUUUAACGAUAAGCUCUAAGUUCAGGUGAUGAUCAACAAGCACUAACCAAGAAGCAUCUCCGCACGGGCCAAUGCACAGCCGACUUGGCAACUCUCUAACUCUAGGAUCAGUGCCUUGUUGAACCGGUACCUCCCUCGGUCUGGCUUCGAGCGAUAAUUAAAGUACGAAGCAGGCAAUUUUAUGUAGGAACAGUGAUGAUCAUUGGUUCCGAUUGUUUCGUUAUUCCGCCCACGUUCAAGGACGUUUAAGUAUCGCUUGUGGGAGACGAACGCAUCUCGCUUGUUCCCGCCCCGGCCACUCCUCUCCCUCUUCCGCUUUUCCU